UUUAACUUAUUAAACGUUUAAUUGAGUUUUCAAAAUUUGAGAAUUUAUAAUUCUGUCACAAAAAAUAUUUUCUAUAAAAAUAAGCAGUAUUAUUCAAUUUUUUAAAACACCCGCCAAUUAUCGAUAAUAACACUUCCGUCAUUGUCAUUUAGAUAUAUUGCUUUGCGACUUCCUUCAUCAGCGUCACCGUGUCAUUCUAGUUGAAAAAUAUAAAAAAAUUACUUUUUAGAGUAAUUUAUUUUAAAAAAUAACUGAAAAAUUGGAAUUAUUCGUAUCCUCAACUACAGUGGACGUCAUUUAGCGGAUUUUUACAAAAUAUAACGUGAAUCUUGAUAGUAAACAAAAUGUGUUCUGCUGACGUUUCUGUUACGUUUUAUUUAUUAACAUCGCAACAUAAUAAUAUGAGAAGUUCAUCUGAAUAACUUUUGGUAUUGGCUGCCUUUUUAUCUUUAAAGUGGAAAGAGUACGAAUUGUGUUCAUGAUUUUCAUUCAAUUUACUUAGGAAUUGCUAUUAUUAAUAUAAAAUGGAUGAGGAAAGAUGUCGUGAUGAAAGACGUCGCAAAUUAGUAAGAGCACGGGUUAGAAAGCAUAGGGAACUAACUCUUGCUGCCGAACGUCGCAGAUCAUCAGAUUCGUCUUCAUCAAGUGAUGAACGUGAUGUACGACAUCACGCUGCAGGGAUUCGAGCACAGAAUAACUUGACACCUCCAGACAAUCAAGAAGGCUCCAAAAAUUCCACUUCGAAUGAAGUAUUAUCCUCUCAAAACGACGAUAAUCCUCAUCUUCCAAUUGAAAAUCGCAUUCAAUCAGAAAGAUCGAAUUCACCAGCACCAAGCGGAAAUGAACAUGAGAACUCAGGCCAAGACGCAGAAGAAAAUGAAGCAUCUAUUGCUUCAUCUGAUUGGACUGGAGAUGAAAUUAAUGAAGAAGAUGAUCAAGCAGUAGAAGAAAUCGAUGAAAGUGCUGAUAGUGAAGUUUCUGAGGAAGAAAAUGAAAAUCUUGCCGACAUGGAUAGACUUCGUGAGUGGGCCAUCAAAAAUAAAAUUCAGCAAAAUCAUUUGGAUGAACUUCUUACCAUUUGUAGAAGGCGUUGGUUACCAGACCUUCCAAAAUCUUCGAAAACGUUUUUGAGAACAACGGCGGCAACGUAUAACAUUUUUUCGAUGGAUUGUGCUUCUGGAACUGACGGAGAAUUUGUUUAUUUUGGUGUUGGAAAAGAUCUAAGGGAGUGUAUAGACCCAAACGUUCACACAGGGAAUACAAUUCAGCUUAAAUUUAAUGUUGACGGUUUGCCUAUCAGUAAAUCUGAUAACACUCAACUGUGGCCGAUUCUUUGUCAAGUCGAUCACGAUGAAAUAAGUUAUGAACCUUUUGUUGUAGCCCUGUUUUGUGGAAUGUCAAAACCUGUUAGUAAUUUGGUUUAUUUCGAUGAAUUUUGUACAGAAAUAAAUCAAAUACUAGAAGAUGGGCUUGAAAUUGAAGGACAUUUAUAUGAUUAUGUAACCGUAAGAUGUUUUGUUUGUGACACACCUGCAAGAUCGUUUUGCAAACAUACUGCAGGUCAAAAUGGCACAUAUUCUUGCGAAAGAUGCACCGUCAAAGGUACAAAACGAGGAUUCCCUGCUACAGUCUAUUUAUCGAUGGACAGUGAAGAACGCACAGAUGAAUCAUUUCAACUUCUAAAAAUCUUAUGCGAAUUUCUGCAUUCCCAUUUGAAAAUUGUUUAGGGAAAUUAAAAUCUAAACUC